AAUUUUACAAAUACGUCUCGCGAGUAUGUAUGAAAACCGAUCAAGCUUUCAGUUGUCACUGACGGCUGUUUACAUAGUUCCGUACUUUCCAUAUCCGUAUCAGUGAAAUCCCUAAAAACAUUGUCUCCGACAAAUUUUAAAGCACAGACACGGAUAGUGCGGAUACGGAAUGGACCUGUGUAAACAUGCCCAUUAUAUAACAAGUAAACAAACUUUAAGCACCGGACAUGGAACGGACGGUACGGAUACGGAACGGUUAUGUCAAAUUUAUCUGUCAUUCAAAAACGGUCGGGCCAUUAUUCGUAAUUGUAGGAGUGUAUGUGCGUGUGCCAAGUACAUUCCUUCCCUACCCACCGACACUAUCAGCCGGCUCGUUUUUUUCGCUCGGCGGGAGUCUAUAAGCGGUUGCCGUCCGCGGAAUAUUGUACCGAGACAUAAGGUGAUUUUGAACGUUUUCUCUCCAUCACCUAUAAGCUAACUAAUUAUCAUUUUCAUCAUCUUCGACGACAACUAAACACCGGUGCACGACAAUUGGAUUCCCUCGAAC